AUGGACGGCCAGGGCUUGCCUUCCAACGGCCUUUCUCAACGUCGCAAACUCGUCAAGAAACACCCCGCCUCCCCAUCAUCCGCCUUCGACUGCGGCUUCGACGCCCGCUCCGUCGACAGCAGACUCAGCUCCCAGAGCCUUUGGCCUCCCCCCCGCGGCCGUUCUUCCUACUCCAACGCCUCCAACAACAGUUCGUCUCCUCCCUACGCACAGUGGUCGUCGAAUGCAUCUCCCGUCUCGCCCCAGGCAGGAGAUUACGCCGCCUUCAGCGUCGGCACCACCAACCACCCCAGCGCCUACUCCGCGCUCGCCAAUCCCCCGAACCACCUUGCCGAUCUCCACCCGCGCCGCCUGAGCCUCAAGGUAUCCGACGACCUCCUCGGCGCGCCCUUUGACGGCGCCGCCAUCCUCAGCCAGAUUGAGGCCAGCGGCCUUGCUAGUCCUCGAGCCUCGCUGCAGCGCCCAGACGCUCCCCCGCCCCCCAAGCCCGCGACCGACUCCCAGCUUGCCAGUCCGGCUCCCCGAUCCGCGGCAACCUUUAGCAGCAUGGACACCUCCGACUCGGAAAAGGUGCAGAUCGCGAGGAUGCCCGAGAGCCAAGUCACGAGUCCCAAGCGCUUCUCCGACGAGGCCAAAGAGCCAAAGCCGGGCAUCUUGCGCAAGAAGUCAGGCCUCUCUGCCAUCGUCAACAGCUUGGUCGGCUCCCAGAAGAAGCCUGUCAUAUCUGCCCCGGAGAAUCCUGUCCACGUCACACACGUAGGAUACGACAGCUCGACCGGGCAAUUCACUGGUCUUCCCAAAGAAUGGCAGCGGCUCAUCAACGAGAGCGGAAUCCCCGAAAAGGAACGAAGGGAAAACCCGCAGACAAUGGUGGACAUUCUGCAAUUCUACAAGGAAACCACAGAACGGCCUCCCGAAGACCAGAGUCUGGAAAAAUUCCACCACGCGGCAUCUCCAGACAUGCGUCACUACGGCACACCCCCGUUGAAUCCGACGUCGCCGGCUAUGUACCCUACCAACUACAUGGGAAGCUUUGAGAAUCCUCGACCUCCCCCCCCCGUCCCGACAGCUCGUAGCCAGAAACCCUCGCCCGGCAAAGACAUGAUUCCCAGCCGACCUGCACCGAAGCCUCCGGACUCGGGCAUCGGCAUGUCCCAACCAGUGGAGGAUCCUGCGUCUAGCUUCUAUGGCCAGGGCAAGGCCGGCGUGCCCAUGCUGCCGGAAGAACAUCGUUCACGGUCCAACUCUCGUGCCAACGGACAGUCACGCUACAGCCCGCCGACCCCUCAACCGAAUCACGCCGCCCAAGCGACCGCUUAUCAGCAGGCGCUCAUGCAGCAGCAGCAGGAGCAGGCCUUGGCUCAGGCCCAAGCGGCCAUGUCAGGCCAUGUCGGCCGGGCGCCGAGCAAGAGACAAGCGCCUCAACAAGCCGUGAUCCCCGGUCCGCAUCACGUUCCCGGCUACGGCCGGCCGAUUGAAGCAAACGGCCAACUCGCACACCGCCAGCAGCCCGGCCACGCCGGCGUUCCGGCGGCGAGACCACGACAGCGUAACCGGCAGAGCAAUGGGGUCGACGUGAUAGCCUCUCUGAAGCGUAUUUGCAACGAGGGCGACCCUCGGGAUGUUUUCCGAGGUUUCACCAAGAUUGGGCAAGGCGCAUCUGGCGGCGUGUUCACGGGCUACGAACGAGGGACCAACCGCCUCGUCGCCAUCAAGCAGAUGAAUCUGGAGCAACAACCCAAGAAGGACUUGAUCAUCAAUGAGAUUCUGGUCAUGAAGGACAGCUCGCACCCAAACAUUGUCAACUUCAUUGACAGCUACCUCUGCGGUGGAGAGCUCUGGGUAGUGAUGGAGUUUAUGGAAGGCGGCAGCCUCACGGACGUGGUCACCUUUAACAUCAUGACCGAGGGCCAGAUCGCCUCAGUUUGCCGCGAGACGCUGAAAGGGCUGCAGCAUUUGCAUUCCAAGGGCGUCAUUCACCGCGACAUCAAGUCGGACAACAUUUUGCUCUCCAAUGAGGGCAGCAUCAAGCUCACCGACUUCGGCUUUUGUGCCACGAUCAACGAGGCGCAGAACAAGCGCACGACCAUGGUGGGCACACCAUACUGGAUGGCGCCAGAGGUCGUCACUAGAAAGGAAUACGGCCGCAAGGUUGACAUCUGGUCUCUUGGAAUCAUGGCCAUUGAGAUGAUUGAAGGGGAACCCCCAUACCUGACGGAAUCGCCGCUGCGGGCCCUCUGGUUGAUUGCCACCAACGGCACGCCGCAGAUUAAGAACGAGCACGAGCUCUCUCCCGUUUUCCGAGACUUUCUCUAUUUUGCGCUCAAGGUGGACCCGGAGAAGCGAGCCAGCGCUCACGAUCUGCUCAGGCACGAUUUCAUGAAACAGUGCGUUGACCUGGCGCAACUAUCGCCUCUCGUGCGAGCCGCGCGGGAGCAGCGGGCUCAGGAGAAGGCCCGGAAGCAUUAA